AUGGACCCAAUUCAAGCUGCGAUUGAAGAUAUUGAAAAUCUAGAGCCAGGAGAACAGUUCUCGUAUACUAAAAUUGCUGCUAAGCAUGGUGUUGUGAGAUCUACGUUGACCCGAAGGCACCAGGGCCAGACAAGCUCAGAAAGAGACAAGAACUUCAACCAGCAGAAACUCAACCCACAACAAGAGCUAGAGCUUGUGAGAUAUAUCGAAAAGCUCACAAAGCGAGGCAUUCCUCCUACACGAGAGAUGAUCAGGAAUUUCUCAUCAGAAGUAGCCCAUCAGCAGCUCAGCGAGAGCUGGGUUACUCGCUUCAUCAACCGACACGAGAUCCAUCUCAUCUCAAAGUGGACCAGCGCCAUGGAUCGUACGCGCCACCUGGCUGAUUCUGAGUCAAAGUAUAGACUCUACUUCGAGCUGCUGCAUCGAAAGAUCACCGAAUAUCACCUAGAGGCUCGAGAUAUAUACAAUAUGGAUGAGAAGGGCUUCUUAAUUGGCUUGAUAGGCAGAAGUAAGAGGAUAUUCAGCAGGCGUCAAUGGGAGAAGAAGGAGGUUCGAGCAUCUCUCCAGGAUGGAUCACGCGAGUUUCUGACAGUCCUGGCCUGCUGCUGCGCUGAUGGGAGCUCGCUGCCUCCAGCCCUUAUCUACGCAGCUAAAAAUGGAGCUAUACGAUCGAGUUGGGUAGAAGAUAUCAAGGCAGGAGAACAUGAGGUCUUUGUCUCAUCAUCUCCAACAGGCUGGUCAAAUGAUAACGUAGGCCUAGCUUGGCUGGAGCAGGUGUUUGAUCGCUCUACAAAGCAACGAUCAGAUGUAGUGCUGUUCAAGCCACUCUCUCAAGCCUACUCUAACGAGCUCACUAACCAUCUCCAUAAGGCUCAAGGCCUUAUUCCAAUCAAGAAAGGGGACUUCUUCCCGCUCUUCUGGAGCGCCUGGAUAUCCUCCUUCACAGAGAGCCUCAUAUUGAAGGCCUUCGAAGCCACUGGGAUCUGGCCGAUGGAUGCCAACGUUAUCCUUCGUAGAUUUGCUAGCACGCCAGAAGCUGAGAGAAGCUCAUCGAAGAAGGGCAAAGCUCUUGACCUUCAACAGCGCCAGGAGUAUCACGGUGGCUCUGUCUUCUGGUCUCCUCGCAAGCUGCGUGAGGCUCGAGCUAGAGAAGCAGUACGGGAGCAAGAUGAGACGGAGGAGACACUCCAAAAAGCACGGUCCAAGAAGCAGCGCGAGGAGGCUCGACUGCAGCGUCAAAAUGAGCUCGAGGAGAGGCGUGUGGAGAGGCAGAGACUCAAGGAGAUGAGGGAGCUUGAGCGAGCUAAGAAAGCAGCUGAACGCGCGCGCUAG